CCUUCUGCCCGACUCCCACUUACAUUACUGCACCUUCCCCUCACGCACCAUGUGUCUCAGCCACCACCCAAACAUUGACCUCUGCCACGCCGUCGUCGCUAGUCGCACCACCGGCUGCUCGUCGUCUCAUCGACACCGUCAUCGCUAGUCGCACCACCGCUAGCUCCGUCUCCUCGCUGCCCGAGACGGACGGUGGUGCUUGUACCAUAUCCUGGUAGGGACGAGGGCUACCUAAAGCAAGCGGAUGGCGGAGGCGGCUAUACUCCUUGCGGUGUCAAAAAUUGGGGCAGUUAUAGUAAAUGACGCUGUCUCGGCUGUGGUAGAGAAGCUGUCCAGGAAGGCAGAAAAUCUACGUGAACUGCCAGGAAAGGUCAAAAGAAUUGACGAUGAGCUGAUGAUGAUAAGUGGUGUGAUAAAAGGUCAGGGCACAACACAACUGAGCAACGAUGCCAUCAAGACUUGGAUUUCAUUGGUGAGGAAGCUAGCCUACCGAGUUGAGGAUUUUAUUGACAAGUACUUGUAUGAGGCCCUUAAACUCAAGGAACAAGGCUUCCUACGUAAGUACAUCGUCAUGGGAAAUCACCAUUAUAAGGUUUUCAGUCAAAUUGCCAAGGAAGUUGAAGAGAUUGAGAAGGAUAUCAAGCAUGUCGGAGAAAUGCGUAGCAAUUGGACUAACCCAGUCCAUCCCAUUAAGAAUGAGCAUGCGGACAUUGAUAUCCGCAGGAAUGGACGCUGCUUUCCCGAGCUCAUCAACGAUGACGAUCUUGUGGGGAUUGAUGAGAACAGGAGCAAGUUGACUGAAUGGCUAACCAUCGAUGACAAGGAACACACGUUAAUAACAGUGUCUGGUAUGGGAGGUUUGGGAAAAACCACACUAGUGAAAAAUGUGUAUGAUCGGGAGAGUGCCAAAUUCCCUGAUGCCCAUGCUUGGAUUGUGGUGUCACAAGCAUAUGAUGUGGUUGAUCUGCUGGGGACAGUGCUCAGCAAGAUAAGUCAUACACAACAGCCACAGCCACCACUACCAGUCAACACUCGCGCCAGGCCUGACUUCUAUGAGCUAGCAGAGGCAAUAAAAAAGAUACUGCAAGACAAGAAAUGCUUGAUCGUGCUGGAUGAUGUGUGGGACAAACAAGCAUACACUAAGUUGCAGAGCACAUUCCAGGGCCUCCAAGGAAGCCGUGUAGUGAUCACAACACGGAUUGAUGAUGUGGCAGCUCUUGCUCUAGAGGGACGUCGCCUGCAACUCCAGCCUUUGGACAUGGAAGAAUCAUUCAACCUCUUUUGCAGAAGGGCUUUUCACAACAGAGUGGGCCACAAUUGCCCUCAAGCGCUUGAUGAGGUGGCUCGUUCUGUAGUAAAGAGGUGCCAUGGCCUGCCAUUAGCGAUUGUAUCUGCCGGCAGCCUAUUGUCGACGAGACAAAUAGAUCAACAUGCCUGGAAGCAGGUGUACAACCACCUUCGGAGCAAGCUGCACGCAAAUAACCAUGUCCAGGAGAUACUUCAGCUGAGUUACCAUGAUAUGCCAGGUGAUCUCAGGAAUUGCUUCCUGUAUUGCAGCAUGUUUCCUGAGGACUACCCCAUCUCGGGAGAGAGUCUUGUCCGGCUGUGGGUUGCGGAAGGAUUUGCAGUGAAGACAGAUAACAGCACACCUGAGGAAGUGGCCGAGGGAAAUCUCAUGGAACUCAUUGGCCGGAAUAUGUUGGAAGUUGUGGAGAGAGAUGAGCUCAACAGGGUUAGGAUCUGUAAGAUGCAUGACAUUGUCCGAGACCUAGCUCUUGUUGUUGCUAGAGAGGAGCGGUUUGGCACCGCGAGUGAUCAGGCUGAAAUGUCCCGCAUGGAUAAAGAAGUCCGCCGGCUAUCAGCAUGUGGUUGGAAAAAAAGCACAGCGAUGGUAGCGUCAGCGGCGGUGGAGUUCCCACACCUCCGGACAAUGAUCUCACUUGAAGCACCUCAAUCCUCCACCAACAUGAUUUCCUCAGUUUUGACUGGAUCCAGCUACCUUACUGUUCUUGAGCUGCAAGAUUCUGAAAUCAACCAAGUCCCGGAAACCAUAGGGGAUUUGUUCAACCUCCGCUAUAUCGGCUUAAGGCGCACCAAGGUCCGGUCACUUCCAAAGUCUAUUGAGAAGCUCUCAAACCUCCAGACACUAGACAUUAAGCAAACAAAGAUAGAGAAGCUGCCGCCAGCAAUUGUAAAGGUGGAGAAGCUACGGCACCUUUUGGCUGACAGGUUUGCUGAUGAGAACCGGACAGAGUUCCGCUACUUCGUCGGCGUGGAAGCACCUAAAGGGAUAUCCAAGUUGGAAGAACUGCAGACUCUUGAGACCGUCCAGGCAAGCAAGGACUUGCCCGUGCAGCUGAAGAAAAUGAAUAAACUGCAGACUCUGUGGAUUGACAACAUCAGUGGUGCUGACUGCCAAAACCUUUUCUCUACCCUGUCGGCCAUGCCCCAUCUUUCCAGCCUACUUCUUUCUGCAUGUGAUGAGAAUGAGAUACUUUGUUUCGAAUCCCUAAAGCCAGUAUCUAAUGAAUUCCGCAAACUAAUUGUCAGGGGCGGCUGGGCCGAUGGGAUACUCAAGUCCCCGAUAUUCCAGGGGAACGGAAAGUAUCUCAAGUAUCUAGCUCUAAGUUGGUGCAACCUUGGAAAAGAAGAUCCGUUGCAGAUAUUGGCAUCUCAUGUGCCAGCUCUGACCUACCUUAGUCUUAACACGGUGAGUAGUGCAGACACUUUGGUUGUUUCUGCAGGGAGCUUUGCAGAGCUCAAGACACUUGUCUUGAAGCGCAUGCUGAAUGUCAAGAAGAUAGUGAUUGAAAAGAAUGCCCUUCCCCGCAUUGAAGGUAUCUACAUCGUGUCGCUCUCGGGGUUAAGUAUGGUUCCUAGUGGCAUCGAAUACCUUGGAUCGCUGAAGAAGCUCUGGCUGCGCGGUCUACACAAAGACUUCAAGGCUGAGUGGGCGCUGAUGGAAAAUUACAUGAAGCAUGUUCCGGACAUCCGGACCUAGCUACGGAGCUGCAGCCUACUUCCUGCCGGAUUUUUAUUCGACAACACAUCGUUUCAUGCAUUUUCGUCGUUUGUAAGUAAAGUACUGAAAAUCGGGCACUACUUGCGCUCAAGAAUGUAAGACGAGUCAGUUUGCUCCGUUGGGUCAUUGGUUAUGUACUGCUAUUAGCUUGGCUUGGCUUGGCUUGAUGUAAAAUCAUGGACCGUUUAUAUCAAAUGAUGCAUUCUAAGUUUGUUAUGAA